ACACCAAUACAUAAGCCUGGCCUAAUAUCAAUCAUCAUCUCCCCAUACUAUAAUAGUAUAAGCUUAUAUAUAUAUAUAUAUAAUACAAGUACACUUUAUAACUAAUGACAUCAACGGCUCAAUUUAAACAAUCCAUACAGGAAUUACAAGUAAAUAAUGCCGACAAAGAAUUACAUUGGCUAACUACAGCCAUUAUAACACCUGAAUUCCCCCAAAUUAUAGAAGCAUUACAUAUAUGUUCAAAUUUAUUACUAUAUAAUUCACCUCAACAUCCUGAUCCCGAUAAUAAAAUUGAAAGAGGUCCAGCUAUUAAAUUACCUGUAUCAUCCAAUAAACUGGAAUUUUUAAAAGGAAUUGUAGUAAGAGAUGGAGCUUAUAUAACUCAUCUUUCAGUUAAUUUAAGAGAACCACACUUUAAUAAAGUAAUUAAUCGAUUAAAUUUAAAGAAACCUAUGCUUUUAGGACAAAUUAUAACCGCCAAAAGAUCAAUUGAUCAAGCAAUAGAAUCUAUAGAACUGUUAACAUCAAUUACUGAUGAUUGUUCAAUAGUUAAUCAUGAAACAUUAAUUCAAACAUUUAAAAAUUUAUUAAAUUAUAUUCAAACUGCUAAAGUUGCCUUACAAUUACCAACCGAUCCAAAUUUAGUUUUCCCAUAUAAUAUAACUCCUACAAGUUCAUUUGAACCAGAAUUAAUUCCAACUAUUACAGUAGAUGCAUAUAUAAGUCAAGCAGAAGUAUGUUUAGAUUUAAAAAGUUUACAUAAAGUAACUGAAAAACCAUGGGGAGAAAUUGAACCAAUAACUGGGAUGUCAUAUAUUGAUAAAAUUAGAGAUGAAAUGAAAUUACCAUCAAAAUCUUCAACAUCUUCAUUAGAUUCAACUCAACCAUUAAAUGUUCAAGAUAUUGAGAAAAGAUUAAAUGAAUUAACUGGGAAUUCUGAUCUGUCAAGUAUAAAUUCAAUUCAAGAUACUACAAGUCAAAAUAUAUUUUCAAGUGUUAUGAGUCAUUUACUGUUACGUCCAAAACAUGAUCCAUUAGAUUAUAUUACUAAAUGUAUUACAUAUAAUAAAAUGGUAGUAAUGAUUAAUAAAAAACUUGAAGUAUCAUCUCCUGAUCCAAUACUUGUUAGUGCAUUUACUAAACUUGAUAGUAUAGAAUAUUUAGUUAGUAGUUUUCUUAAUAAUUUGAAUUGUUUAAUUGAGUCUAUAUAAUCUUAACAUAGGUGUGUAUUUAACAUUUAAUAUAUAACAAUACUACUAACAAUACUAACA